ACAAAAACAAAUAAAGGGUUAUUAAUACAAAAAUGGCGGCCAUCAUAAGAGUGAAAAGAUGUUUAGAAGACCACAAUGACGCUUUGGACGCCUUUUUCUUAGAAUGUAAGAAACGAAAAAUCGACGAUAGCAGCUCUACUGUCGCCAGCGAAGAAGGUACUUCCACAUAUUCGACGGCAGUUCUGAAAUUUGCUGGAACAAUCAAAGAACCCGAUCACGUUAUCGAACAUUUGAAGAACAAAGUUCUGCCGAAUCUCGACGAGUUGAAAGCGAAUUUUAAAAAACACACGGUAAACUUGACGGAUAAGUUAAGAUUGAAGCACGAGGAAGCCUCGAAGAACAGCAGGUACAAAAUCGUAAAUUGCUUCCGUUCGCCCAGUUUGAACACUUCUGAAGAACAAAAGGAGUACACUAUUCUAGACGUAGAAACAGACAUUAACCAAAACGAUGCUAGCACAGUUAAUAAAAACAGCGACACCGAUGAUAAAUACGUCUACGAUCUCUAUUACACUAACCCAGAUGAAUUCGAAGGAGCCCAGGAAUACAUUAGCAUAUAUCCAAUUAGUGACGUUAUGUUGGGGGAUAAUUGUUAUGAUAAAGAUCUAUCCGAUAGCGAUGACAGUGAAGAUUCUAAUGCGGAAUGCAAUUGGAGGAACGAUUACCCAGAUGAAGAUGAUCUAGAAUCCAUAAACGAAGACGACAUGGUAGAGGCAAUGAAGAACGUAGAUUUAGAUGAUGAUCUUUCAACCGAUUCAGAUGAGGAAAGAAACGUCUACGAUGGAGAUAGCGAUUGCGAAAAAAGUGCCGUAGACGAUGACGAUAUCAAACAAUAUGGAUUGAGAUACGCUACAUUUAAAGCUAAAUACAAGAAUUUAGUUGGUAAUAAGAGCUUGGAAUGUAGUGAUUUGUAUUAUGGGGAUUUUUGAUGAUUAAUUAGAUUAGCAUUUCCAAGUUAGUUUUUUUUUUUACUUGUCUCUUUUUUAAUAUUUUCGUUAGUUUUGUUAGAAAGUAGUGUUUUCUGUUUGUUGUAAACGAUUAUGAAUGUGUUUUUUUACUAAACUAAGUAAGUUAUGUUUAUAAUUGAAUUGUAAUUAAU